AUGGUCGGGCAGGUCCAGUCGCACCCUCUGGUGUGCCGACAGCCCUCGCCCGUUCCCCAGACCAAAGAGACCAAACCCAGAGCAGAUCGACAAGCCAUAGCGAGUACGCAAGAUUUCGAGCUGGUGGUGGAGAAGGCGGUGCGCGAUACAGAAUUCAAACUCAGGGAGAUCAAAGAGCUACCGGAAGGAUGGGACAAGCUCGCACGGAAUAUCCUCAAUGCUGCCAAACUGAACGAGCAGAAGCUUGGCAACAACUGGGGUCCCCUGAGGCGCACCAAGGCGGUGCUGCAAAAUGCCUAUCUCACCGAGGGAGUCUAUGGCCUGCGCGAUGAGUUGGAAUACAUGGCAUUUGCAAACGCUAUCACUGCGAAAUACUCCCUUCCCAAUCUAGAAGGGCAGCAACAGGUGGCCGAUCUACGAUAUCCCGCCGAAUGGUACCCGGCGGCACGCUCAAUGCAAAGGACGAUUCACCUGCACGUCGGUCCUACAAAUUCCGGCAAGACGUACCACGCCCUGCAGCGGCUGGCACAGUGCAAGGAAGGGUUCUACGCGGGCCCGCUACGUCUGCUCGCACAAGAAGUAUAUUAUCGGUUCAAAGCCGAAGGGAUUUCAGCUGGUCUGGUCACAGGGGAUGAAGUUAAGCUCCCUGAGAAUGAACAUCCACGCAUUGUCAGCAACACAGUGGAGAUGGUUAGUCUAGGGCAGGCCUAUGACGUUGGUGUGAUCGACGAGAUCCAGAUGAUUGCUGAUUCUUCGCGAGGCUGGGCGUGGACACGGGCGUUUCUGGGAGCGCAGGUAUCCGAGUUGCAUCUCUGCGGCGAAACACGGACUGUGCCGCUCAUCCGAGAGCUAUGCGCUCUGACAGGCGAUACUUUGGAAAUCCAUCGCUACGAACGGCUGAAUCCCCUGAAGGUGAUGGAUCGCAGCUUGCAAGGCGAUCUCCACAAUCUCAAGAAGGGCGAUUGUGUGGUGUCCUUCUCCCGAAUUGGAAUCCACGCCCUGAAGAAUGAUAUCGAACGAAUCACUGGAAGGCGAGCGGCGAUUGUGUAUGGUGGCCUACCAGCUGAGAUUCGAACUCAGCAAGCCAGUCUGUUCAAUAGUCCCGAUAAUGACUAUGAUUUCUUGGUUGCCAGUGAUGCUAUUGGCAUGGGGCUGAACUUGAGUAUCAAGCGCAUUGUUUUCGAGACCUUGAUCAAGCGGAUCCCGGGCCGCUUCUCGCGACUCUCUGUGCCGGAGAUCAAGCAGAUCGGCGGACGCGCUGGACGCUAUCGUGUCACGAAUGCCAGUGAAGAUGGCGAUCAAGAAGAGACCAGUGUCGGCCUCGUCACCUCCCUGGAAGACGUCGACCUGCCUUGGAUUCAGCAAGCGUUCAAAGUGGAAUCAUCGCCCAUCAAGGCUGCUGGAAUUCUCCCACCGGAUGGUGUCAACCACAAGUUUAACGCCUACUUCCCCCGGGAUACUCCCCUCGAGUAUUCCAUCAAGCGCCUGUUGGAAGUCGCGGAAUCCCACCCGCUCUUCUUCAUGUGCGAUAUUCGCAGCCAAAUCGCCGUCUCCCAAAUCAUUGAUACAGUGCCGGGACUGCAGGUUCAGGACCAAUUAACCUUCCUGGCCGCACCAACAGACUAUCGUGAAGCAGCGUCCCGCGAGUUCCUCGUGACUAUGGCCGAAUGCGUGGCCCAAAGCUCCCACGGGCGCUUGCUGGACCUCUCGACUCUGAACCUGGAGAUUCUGGAGCAGCGCGUCUCCGGCGCCAAGGAGUAUCUGCGCGAGCUGGAGCGUCUGCACAAAGCCCUGAUUCUUUAUUUAUGGUUGGGCUAUCGAUUUGGAGGAAUAUUUACUGAUCGGACGCUCGCGACGCAUAUCAAAGAGCUCGUGGAAGAGCGUAUGAUGCGGGCAUUGACAGAAUUCUCGGUCAACAAGAAAUUGCGGAAGGAUUCCUCGCUGAAACGCCAGAUUGCGUUGCAAAAGCAGCAGGCGGAACAGGAGGGCCUUCUGGGCUCAGACAUUCUUCAGCAGGGCGAGGAUGAACAUGAGACAUCAACGCUCGAGGGGUCCCCUGAGGCGCCUGGCACUUCUGAGGAAUCGGUCGAAGAAGGCUUUCUAGAGACUGCGCCGUCGGAAGAGGCUGAACGCUCGAAGGGGACGCAGUCACAGACGUCCUAA